GUUAGUUGGGCGACUUGACGCAGCUUUAAAUGGGACACAUGAAGUUCAUUUUCCACAGCUGGUGAUGGCGGAUGUUGUUGAAAAAGACACCAUGAAGAAUUACCACAUAGCGUCUGAGAAAAUUAACCCAGAGGCCAGUCGCUAUCCAUACUGUAUUGUGUGGACACCUAUCCCCGUGUUAUCAUGGCUGUUUCCAUUCAUUGGCCACAUGGGAAUCUGUACUUCCACUGGUGUCAUCCGGGACUUUGCUGGACCUUACUUUGUCUCAGAAGACAACAUGGCUUUUGGAAGACCAACAAAGUACUGGAUCCUUGACGUUAGCAAAGUCUACGCUAGUGGCUCCAAUGCCUGGGACACGGCGGUGCACGAUGCUUCAGAGGAGUAUAAGCACAGGAUGCACAACCUCUGCUGUGACAACUGUCACUCGCAUGUCGCCAUGGCUCUGAAUCUGAUGCGCUAUGAAAACAGCACCUCUUGGAACAUGGUCAACCUCUGCCUCCUCGCUCUGAUCCAUGGAAAACAUGUCAGCUGUGCAGGCUUUCUGAAGACCUGGCUACCUUUCCUGAUGCUGACGGCCAUCAUCCUAGCAGUGACCCUGGCCAUCAACCUGCGGUGACCUGGGGAGCCAGGUUCAGGACACAGUGGAACCCCCCCCCCUCCCGCAGGUCCAAAGUGGGGUUGUCCUUUCAAACAACAAGGGGAGCCAAAAAGUAAUGGGAAGACAUGAAGACUACUUACCUCCGAGAGAAGAUUGUUGAACAGGAAUGUGAAACACAUGCUUUGGUUUGUGGGGGGGGGGGGGCAGGCAGCCUGUUAACUGGCACACCUCCGGUAUGUGAAGCUGGAACGCCCUCUUUACGGAUAUGCAUUUCUAUUGAGUCAUUUAUUUCAAGAGAAGUGACUGGAACACCCCGCCAACCGCACAAACACGCGUAAUGGAUUGUGACUGUUGAAGGCCUAACGGCAGGUUUAAGCCAUCGCCUCCUGCGAAGCGUAGACGUUGCGUUAGUCGUAGUAGAUAGUUGAAUAGAGGAACAUACUUACCGUUUGAAUUCUCCCAAGGAACACAUUCCUGCCUUGCUGUCCGAUUUCGAUGAUCUUACUUUAUAAUGGAUUGGAAGUGUAAUCCCAUGAUUCCAGUGCUUCUAGGAUGCCAUUUUUUUUGUAUUUUUUUUUUUUACUAUACUGGGGAGCACAAACACGUUAAGUCAAUUAGAUGCCUUUCUAGGGAAUUUAUUGCAUUUCAUGCUUGAUCUAAUGUAGCUCUUCUCCAGUACUGCGACUUAAAGCGGAACAUGCCAGAGCAGUUUGUAUUUUUGUGCAUUUUUUUACUUAACUCUGUAGGAUAUCAACAAACAAAAAAUAAGUCAGCAUCUUCUAAAAAGAAAUAUUUUCUCAGAGAUACAUUGUACAUGUAUUCCAUGUAUCACCUCAUGGUACUGUAAUAGGUUUACGAUAAAUGUUUUCAUACCUCUUAACUACAGAUCAUCUGUGCAACGACUGUAGCAACCUCAGUGAAUGUGGCCGUGGAGAAUACCCAGAGAAAGCAACAGAAUAGUUGAGCCUUUCUGCACUCGUGCCAAAUGUAGGAGAAUGGAAGACCAAGUCAAACUGUGUCCUUGAAUGUCUAACUCGUUAUUUUAGUGGAACGGUUCCAUUGGCGAGUCCAAGGUUGUUGAAUGAAAAGCCCGUUAAUGGAUCAGAGUCCUGAAAUUUGGUCUGGUCUUUUUGUUUAACCUGAGACAUUUUUCAUUUUGAAAUAUUGACUUUAUAGGAAGAGGGAGUCAGUGCCUAAAAAGAAAAAGAGCUCUCUCACAGAUCCUUUCAUAUAUUAUAUUUUAAUUUUGUGUUAUUUUUGAAGAAAAAAAAAAAAAGAAGUUAAUUCCACAUGAUGGUUGGCACUCGAAAUCCGUUGCCAUGGCCGUCGUGAGUAGAUUUAAAUCCCCUCAUUGUUUGCAAUCAAACAAGGAAAAAGAAGUGGCGAGCCCUCUCUUUUGUCCCCGGUGCUGCCAGAAGCAGCAGGUAGCCAGGAUCCUCAGGUUUCUCUCAGUCGCCCCCCCCCCCGCUGAAUAUAUGCCUAGUCGCCCCAGCCCCUAACCAGCGGCGCUCCUGCUGUUUUCCACAUCUGCACAUCAGAUUGGAAGGUCAUUGUGAAAUGUCAGCGCCGUUUCGCAAAGCUUUGAUCAUAUACGGGCCAACGUCCUGCAAUAAGCCAAAGUAGAUGUCAUUUAGAGUUUGAUGUUUUACGAAAUUUAAAAACCAGUUUUAUUUGACUGUAUUUAGGGUUUAGGGCUAACGCAGUGCGGGUUUUCUACAUUGCUCUCCUCCUCGGGCUUCUGUUGAAAGCAGAUAUUCUGUGGCCUCUUGCGUGUAUUUCACCCAUGUUGCCUGUAAAUAUUUGAUCACACAUUAAACUUUACACCAGGUGCUCUUUAUAUACUUUGCAAACUUGAUCGCACACUCUACAGAUCUGUCCUUUUUGAAUAAUUUACAAGUGUAAUUUUUAUCCCCUUUUACUCCACUUGUGCAUAUAUCCUCUUCGCUCGGCAGCGAAUCAGGUGUGUGUGUGUGUGUGUGUGUGUGUGUGUGUGUGUGUGUGUGUGUGUGUGUGUGUGUGUGUGUGUGUGUGUGUGUGUGUGUGUGUGUGUGUGUGUGUGUGUGUGUGUGUGUGUGUGUGUGUGUGUGUGUGUGUGUGUGUGUGUGUGUGUGUGUGUGUGUGUGUGUGUGUGUGUGUGUGUGUGUGUGUGUGUGACAGCGAUCGGAGAGAGCAUGAAGCAUGCUGGUGUGUGUGUGUUGCAUGCGUGCAAGAAUACUAGUGUUUGAGAGAGAGAAGUUGGUGUUUGAUACAUACUGUGGCUUCUUGAUUAAUACUCAUGAUUGGUUUUUAUACGUAUUACUCCAUAUUGUUCUCUUAAUCUUGUUCAGGUUUUAUGCGAAUGUUGGUAAACCUUAGCAAGAAUAAAUAAUAAAUUAGACUGUAAAAGGCCUGCUUAUGUUAAUGUUAGACGCAGUAGCCUGUGCUGUGCCGUGUGGAGCUACAGUCUCAGUAGAUUAGAGCUGCAGAGACAUUUUGUCAAAGCAUUAAAACGAAUAAACUGAGAAUCUGCCCUCUAUUUGUAACAAUAAAUACUCUUUAUGACAAA